UAAAGCAGAGUUCUCUGAAUCCCAAGGGUGCUGUGGUCAUUCCCUGUUAUUUUGCUUCCUUAUGUCCUGGCUUGGGCUAGCAUGCCCCAGUCUGGCAUAAUCCUAGCUGCCUCUCUAGUCACCUCUUGGAGCAUGUAUGGAAAAACCUAGAAGGCUUACAUGUUUUCCAGACAUCUAAAAAUACCUGAUGCCACCCUGUAGUUUGCUCAUAGAGACCACUGUUCUCUUAAAAAUGUCAUCUAGGAACACAUGAAUGGGGUUUGCUCCAGGUCUGCCCAUGGGAGCAGAUGUGCCCAGGCAGGAUGACUCUAGGCCAGCAGUCAAGGCAGAACCAUGUAGUUACUACUGCCAAGAGGAAUGCUUGACUGUUGUAGCAGACCUGGGCCCCCAGGUGGCAGGGCUCACCCACUGCACCCCCUUGCCUCUGUCCCAAAGCCUGUCACCGGUCUGCUGCUCACCCUACUAAGGGGGUCACACCCGCAGACCUUUCUAGAAACAGCCAGCUAGAACGCCUCUUCUCCCUCAGCCCCAGGAAAGCAGUAGAUGGAGAAGCUGGCACCAGGUCUGUCCAGGGCCCUGUAACUCAACUCUGGGUCUCAUCUUUUCUGUGCCAGGAUGUCCUGGCUAUGAGGGAGAGCCUAGGAGCUGGUGGGACACAGGUAGCCUCGGCUCACAAUCAGGCAGUCUGUCCUUGGAUUGCUGUCUUUGGGGAUUUGUGUCCCUUUCCCUAGAUCAGACCCGUCAGUAACAGUCUCAGGGAUGGAGUAUAGCUCAGAGGUAGAGGCUCACCCAACAUACGCAAGCCCUGUAAACCAUCUCCUGCACCGUUAAGGAACAGAAACAUCAAGUCUUGGGUAUGUUCAUGCUGUAGUCUUCUGUUCUCUGGGAACUCUUGGGAAGAAAAGCCCCAAGUCCGGUGGGAUUCCUGAUUCUGUCCGCACCUUCCCUUCCCAGCCAACAGGCAACAAAGGGCCUGUGAGGUGCCUACAAUCCUCUGGGAGGGGCGUGGUCCCAGUGUCCAAGGUUAUCCUGCUUAGGGCUGGGCUUUGAGUCCUUUGUUUGUGGAACUGUGCUGAGCACAGGGCUUACCAACCUCAGAACCCAAUCCUUCCCACCAUAUUGACGUUCAGAAGUCUCUGUUGAAUGUGUGCUCCCCAGAAUGUCAGGGGCAGCUGUUGGCUAGAGCCACACGUAGGGGCUGAUGCCUCAGGCCGUCACUCAGUGACACGGGGUUAUUAUGCUGUCAUGGGUCACCUGGAAUUCUCUCCCACCCCAUGAGAAGCAGCCCAUCAGGAAGUCCCACAGCCAUUGUCUACCCAGGGCUAAUACUCAUUGUCCUUACCCAUCUCUAAUGACUGUUCUGGGGGCCGGAGGACCCAUACUGGACAGUACCCGGAGCAAGGCAGUAGCCAGUCCAUGAUGGGCACUGAGUGGUAGACCUACAAGCUACCAUGUGACUAUACCGUUAGACCUGGGCCCCCAGGUGGUGUGGCUCGUCAUCCAUACUCUCCUGCCUUGGUGCAAUGCCAACCCCAGCCAUGGGGGUGCCGCCCACCUUCCGAAGGGUAACCUGGCAGACCUGCCCCAGGGACAGCCAGCAAGAAGGUCUCUACUCCCCCAAGACCUCAGGGAGAAUGGCCAGUCGGAAGGCCACCAUCAAGCCCAGGGAAGAAGAGUCCCAUCCUCAUGCAGCCAAGGACAGCUUUCUGAGGUGGCCUUUGCUUUCCCAGAAGCUGGGGACUUUUGGGGCAUCUCCCUCUGUGGCCUGGUCUGAUUGUAUCAAGGAGCCAAGCCCCUACAUGAAGACCUGCAGCCUGCCCGUGUGGUCCCCAUGCUUGGACACCAGGGAUGCCAACAGCUCAGUGUCAUCUGGCCGACUCUCUGGCUCCUCAGGCGGGCAUGAUUCAUGCGCACUUUUCCAUGGGCCCUGGAAAGAAAGGCCACCCCUGGUGUUGGGGCCCCAGCGUCAGCCCAGGAAGAGCAACCCUCGUCUGGAGCAGUUGAGGGACAAGAUCCGGGCCCAGGCACAGUGGCAGGCUAGCUGUGCCUCCCUGGGCACCUCUGUCCCCUCUAGUGCCUCGUGCCUCUACAAGACCUCCUCGACAGGGCUCCGGAGGAAGACCCCGAGGAUGACAAAUGACCUUCCGGUGGCUGCUUGCCCAGGCAUCCUUCGUGCAGCUGAACACAGAAGCAAAGACCGGGCACCUCUCAGCCGGAGACGGGGGCUCUCGAGGAUUCCCCAGCACCAUGCUUCAGUUCCAAGGACAAACAUCAAAAGGAUCAGAAGUGCUUCUUACAAAAGAGAGUCUCCAAAGUCAUCUGUCCCCCGCAAAACUGUCAAAGGCAGAGAUUCUGAGUUGACUGGUGUGUACGCCUGGAGGAAAGGACAAGCCCUGGUGAGGCGGCUGCUUGGGCCCCCUCCUGCCCUCUCCCGGCUCCAGAACAAGGCCCCCGCCACGGAAUUAGGCUCUGACAAGGAAGCAGGAAGAGUCGGGGACACAUCUGUCCACACCUGGUUCUCUAAGCUUCCCUGUGCCCGUGGUGACCAGCAGAUUUCUGAGCACACACCCAACCUAGCUUUCCAAGUUCAGUCAGGAACUAUCCAGGGUGCCAUUGAGAUCCUACAAGACCUGCGCCAGCAAAUCCAGACUGGUCUGGAGCUUGCCAGGUGCCCCAGGGUGGCAAGGAAGCUCUCGUCAUCAAAACCAAAGCCACAAAACCUGGCAGGGAAGAGCCAGCAGGGACUCCAGAACCCCUGGGACAUUCAGGGCUCCCCAAAGAGUUCUUGGACUACAACAGAAGGGAAAUGCUCUUCCUUGGGCAGGGCUGGAAAUUUGCACAGCCAGCAACACUGGAAGAAAGCGGCGGCUGAGCGGGAGUCUUGUCCACAGAGAGCUUGGGCAGCACAGGGACAACACACCUCCUUCCAGGGGCCUGAAAGCACCCCAGAAAAGCCAGGCUCCUUCUCCCAGCGGCCCUGGAGUGCCAUGGCUUGGCAAACCAGUCCACAGAGGGCCUGGGAAAAUCUAGGACAGGAUCCCUCCUUCCAGAGGUCUGGAAGCCCCCCUAAAAAGUCAGGCCCCUUCUCACAGCGACCCUGGAGCGCUCUGGCUGGCCAAGCUUGUUCACAGAGGACUUACACAGCUGGUACAGACUGGGAGGUUCCUGGGUACAGCCCAUGGAACUCUGUGGCGAGGGUACAUCCUGUUCUCCAGCAGCCCUGGAGUAGUGCCUCUGUUCAGAGUCCCUACAGUAAGGAAAAAGGUGCUGGCCCUCCUCCUUCAAAAGUCAAGCCAGCUUGGCCAGAGCCUGCCCAGGACUUCCCUCAGAGCAAACCAGCAAAGGAGCAAGAUACCCUGGAGACCCCACCCUGUCCAAGGCCACAGCAGCCUCUGGGCCAGCCACGUAACUCUGAGUCCUUGCGUGACUUCAUGCGCCGGAAGGCCCAGGCCCGACGCCAACAGGCCAUGGAGCAGAAGACCUUGGCUGCACACACUCUGGAGCUGCGGAACCAGAGGCUGCAGGAGCUAUAUCGGAAACAGCAAGAGGCCAUCCUGGGCAAGGCUGUCCCUGUGGUUUCCCAGAGGAGCCCUGGCAUCGUCACCUUUGUUCCCAGUUCCGUACAGUCUGAGGACCUGGAAGCCCCCGGGAGUUUCGGGUCACCACUGCAGAAGUGGAGCAAGGUGACAUCUGGCAUGGUGCUUGGGAACCAGGAGGCUCCAGACAGCUUCUGUCUGUGUUUGAACAAACCAUGGAACCGUGCUGAGACCCAGAACACUGGAUGCCCCCGGGAAGGUUACAAACAGGCCCGGCUGCAGGCACUGGAGACCAUGGCCGAUGUCCUCAAGCAGCGUAUCGACAUCUUAACCACCAAGUUACACAAGUCGACAUCGCCGGACACAGCUGGUGACCUGGCCUCCGACAUGCCGCCCUUGGGCCCCAGCACAGCGCCUACCACCCCUACUCUCACGCCUCCUUCUUACCUCAGAAGUUUAGUGUCUGACGGGAGCAGAGGAACUCCCCAGGACUGGGUGGACACGCAUGCCAAGCCCCUUCUCCCCAGCACCUACAUCCAGGACAGCCCCAGCUGGAAGCCUCUGAGCUCAAACCUGGGGACUCACAUUGAGAGCCAGCCCCAAGGUCUUGUAUCCAUCACCCCUGCCUCAGUGUCUCAGGUUCAACCUUGCCUUGCCGGCUCAUCAAGUCGUGGUGACCUUUCCAAAGGUGCCAUAGAGGAGAGACACCGGGAGCUGGAGAGGAAGCUGCAGAAAGAGAUGGCUACUCUCCAGGCCCUCGGUGCCUGCAUGAGGAGCUCACUUGGGUUACCAGCUGCACCAGCCCCCACCUGUGGCUCCCUUUGGCAGGAGGAGAAACUGGGAACCAAAAAGGCAGGCUUGGUAACACCCUGGACCACCCAGAGCUGCGGUCAACAGGAGCCCAAGGGGCCACAUUCUGGAGGGCACCUGACCAGUUUCCAGCUGAAAUCCUUGCACUUUCUCCAGUCACUGAAGCUGGACCAGCAGAAGCAGAAGCAGACGCUGGUCCUUCUGAGACAGCGGGCAGAGCAGGAGGUAUGGGAGACGCAGAUGGCACUAGAUGAACUUGUCUUCAAACACCAGCUAAAGCAACAGAUGGAGAAACCCCUAGUCCAGCAAAAGCCAGAAAAGGCUUUGAAGCUGGAACAGCAGCAGACUUGUGGUGUCCUAGAGCCGAGCACACCGUCUCUCAACACGAUGACGAUCAGAUCCAGAUCACCACCCUUCCCACAAAGAGACAACGCGGAGUCCUUGAAGCAUCCUGAGGAGGCAAGGGCAGCUUCUGCAGGACCCCACCAAGGCCUGCUUUCUGUCUCGGAGCCGGUGCAGCAGGACCCAGCUCCCUCCCAGCUGGCUCUAACCAAGUUCUUCCCUUCAGACAGAACCACCUACAAGUGGGACAUAGAGAGACCAGAGCCAGGAACAGAAAGGUCCAGAACCUUCCACCGCUUCACUAUUGCGAUGCUGGAGCAGAGUCUGAGAGACGAAGAGCUGCGUGCCCAGCACCAGGCUGCAGUUCUCCGACUGCGUGAGAUGGCGCUGGAGGAAAAAGCCCGUGCGGAGCUGGCCUGCCUGGAGCAUCAGAUAGGGUGUCUGGGGCUCAAGGGGCGCGAAGCGGCAUGGGCCACUUUGUGGGAGAAGCAACAACAAGCUCUCAGCAGGCUUGAGAAGGAACGGAGGGAAAUCCAGUACCUGAAGAAGGUGUACGCGUCCCUGCACCGCGACAGAAAGCAGCUCCUGCAGCACCAGCAGUCUAUCCUCAAUGUGCAGAGGUCCGUGGCUCACUUGCGGCAGGAGCUCCAGGCCCGGACCCAGCUGCUGCAGAGUUCCAGCUCCAGUGUCAAGGUCGCCUGGGAAGGGGUCUCUGACACACAUCAGAAAACAGAGGAACACAGACCCUGGAGCCCCCAAAGCCACAACCCCCAGGAACUCUCAGACAGCUUGAAAGUUUCAGACCUUUCUCCAGAGCAGAAGGAAGUGGCACCUCCCCAGACAACUUCAGCUGCAGAUAAGCUCCUGCAGCCUCGGAGGCUGAAGUGGGCAGGUGUCACACCGGGGACUGGAAGCCCAUCUGUGGAGAGUGGACAUGACAGCCAAGGACCUGGAAAACAGCCUUGUGUCUCUCCCCCUGGUCUGCUGCACUCGAGCGCCCUGGACUCCGAACAUCAUAAACACUCAGCCUUUCCCGUCAUCGAGAAAGAUGUUAACCCAGUCUCUCAGCUGAAGCCACAGGAGGCCAAGGAACUGCUUCUUCCAGGCGACCUACAGACCAAGCCCAGUACAGCCUGGGUAGUGGAGAGACAGCCUACAGACAGCCAUGCUUGGAGCUUGCAUGGACCGUGUGGAGAGUCCCUAAGUGAAGAAGCCAGAGUGGCUGAAAAAAGAACAAGUCAAGGCCUGGAUGUUUCCAGAAGCCCAAAGGGGGAACCCCAGGAAGAGGCACACUGGAAGUCAGAGCAGCAAAGGAGAGAAACCUGUCAGCAGGAGAACCCAGACAUCCCCUCCACCCACCUGGAAGCUGACCAGGAGGCUGCUUCCCCAGCAGCUCCUGUGGCCAGCGAGGAGGAGGCACAGCCUGCCUGGCACCUAGACAGCCCUCCAUCCCAGCCUGCUGCCAUCUUGGACACACAUUCUAAGUCUGCUUCUAGAAGCUGCUCAGGGUCUUCGGAAGCCCCUGCCUUAUCCCUCACCCCCUCAGCGGGCUCAGCAAGUAGCCUUUCCUGUUCAUCUCUCCAGGAGUUCCAGAAAGCCACGGCCACCCUCGUCCAUCUUUCUAACAGCUGCACAUCCCUGUCUAGCUUGGAAGCUGAAGAUGCCCUGCAUGCAGACCCCAGCUGGUCUAGGGAGCUUUCUGCUCAUGAUUCCUGGGAGGAACCCGGCCUGCCUGCCUUCUGGGGCCACCAGGGACUUCCUCAGCUGGAGGGGGCUCCUGGGGAUGUAGGUCCAGUGACCCUACAGAAACUGGAAGGCAGUGGGACCAGACUCCUGAGUGGCUUCUCUGAGGAGGCAGUUGUGGCAGGAGACUUAGAGCCAGGGUACAACUUACUUCAGGCAGGCUGGCCAUUGUCAUUCCUACGUGCCCCUUCUCCAAGACUGGGGUCCGAGUUGUCAGAGUCCUCCAGCCAAAUCUGGGAUGAGAACAAUGAGGAGAACCUUGAAGAACCUAGCCCUGGUGUUGAGCCACCUUCAGGGAGCUCCUUGCCUGCACGUGGUUCCCUGGACAUGGAAGACAAUGGAGCGUCCUAUGCCACUCAUACCUCCCCGGGAUCUGGGGAGGAACAAGAAGCUUCCAGAACCUGUAGAAGCCCGACUGGGACAUCGAAUACAGGGAAAACCAUGCAAAUAUCUCCUGUGGCCACCUUGACAGUGUUCCCACAUCAGACCCCUUUUACCAAUGACUCGACUCUGCCACUGUCCUUCUGUUUGGACACGUCCACCUCGGAAAAAACAGAUCCCAGUAAAGAAAACAUGGCUACUGAGGAACCACAGGAUGCUGACACUGGUCCAUUCAUACAAAAGAAGCCCCUACAGGCCUUGCCUGAUCCUAAGGCCACCAUGACCCCAAAGGCUCCUUCUGAGGACAAAGCUCCUCUUGUCACAGAGGUAGCCAGUCCCUCAUUUGUAGAAGGCUUCCUGACAGAAAUACUGUCUCCUGUGGAUGAGGAGCUGUCUUAUGGCAGUGGUGACCUUCCAUCCUCCAUCCACAGGGACGCUCAUCUCCCUCCGCCUCCUCCAACUCCCCAAGCAAAGAAUGACAUAAAUGAGCCCAACCCCAGCUCAGAAGACUUCCCUUCUCCGCCUGAGGAGGCCAUGUUUCCAGGUGACUCACUGGACACCCUAGGAGAGGAUAUGUCCAUUACUGCUGAGGAUAUGUCCUCCUUAUCUGAGGGGGCUCUGGAGGAAGCCCCUUUUCAGGGUCCCCAGAAGUCAGGGCACUGCCUGGGAGCAUCUGGGUGCGGUGGUAGCCUGGAUGACUUAAGUUCAAUACCUCCCUUGAGUAAUUGGGUGGUCGGUGCCCCAGAGAUGUCCCCAAGACUGUCAGCUCAGCCCCUGAGUCCAUCCCCAAUGGCUUGUGCGGCCAGAGAAAAUCUUGCAGAGGCCUCAGGCAGUCAGGGUAGACCCUGGGAAGCAGUGCAGUGUUCUGAGGGUGCAGAGCACCAGCAAGGAAUAGAACACCUCUUAGACAGAAGGGCAGCCACAUCUUCACCCUCCUGGUUUGGACCCUCUGAAAGCCCGCCUGCAGGCCCAGUGCCCUCAGUGGUCGGUGGCCAGGCUGAAUCCCUUAAACACACUAGUGCGAAGACAGAAGGCCAGAGCUGCUGGACAGAGAACCAGCCCACGCUCCAGGAUUUGUUGGACAGACAGCAGCUCUGUAGGAGAGAUUGGGCUUUUGGCCCUGCCUCUGAUGCCUGUGUUGAUUUUCCAGGGACAGGAGAUGCUGGGCCAGUGGAUGUGGUGUCUACCCAGCUCAGCAGGAGGAUCUUAUGUGAUUCCCUGGCUGCACUGUCAGGGCUGGCCCCUGGAGACAGCCCCUAGGCCAUAGGAACUCAUAGCCAUCUGACAUGCGACUGUGGUGUGUGUGUGUGUGUGUGUGUGUGUGUGUGUGUCUGUCUGUCUGUCUGUCUGUCUGUCUGUCAGUCUGUCUGUCUGUCAGUCUGUCUAUCCUUUCUAUACAAGAACCUGACUUGAGGGAUCAGGUCUCCUCAUUGUGGACUGUCAUACAGAAUGUUCACACUGCCUCUGGCUGGCAGGAUGGUUAUCUGAAGCAGUCUGUUGAUCUUAUGAAAAUCUAUCAUGCCCAUUACAGGCUGGCUCUGUAUUUCCCUGGGCAGAGUAUCCACACUUUCUAUCAGGCUCUUGAGCGGUCCUAACCUCAGAGAUUGAGGCAUGUACAAUCAAAGGCUACAUGGGGUGGUGUCCAAUGGCUGGCCAAGGAAAGCCCAGGAGGUCAGAGGCUCCAGCUAGAAUUAGGCAAUGUGGGAGUCAGUGAGGCCAAGGGGGAAAAUUAGUGUUGGAGGCCACGGGGAGGGGGGAGUGACUAGAGUGCAUGGAGGAACUGUCCAGGGCUUUGUCUCAGCCUGUGAAUGCCCAAUGUUCACCUACCUUUGACGUGUAUGUGUUUGUGUGUGUGUGUGUGUGGUAUGUAUCUGCUACAUGUGUGCAGGUGUGCUUGGAUUCCCAGAAGAGGGAGUCAGAAGCCCAGAACUGGAGUUACAGGUGGUUGUGAACCACCUGAUAUGAGUACUCUGGAAGAGCAGGGUGUGUGUGUAUGCGUGUGUGUAAGCGCAUGCCAUGGUCCCUGUGUGGAGGUUAGAGGACAACUUUUGGGAAUUGGUUCCUUCUGCAGUGGGUUCUAGGGAUCAAACUCAGCUCACAAGGCUUGCAUGGCAAAGGCUUUACAGGCUGAGCUGUCUAUGUCCAGUUUGUUUGUUUUAUAAACACUGGUUCUGGGAACUGAAUGUAGGGCCUCAUACUUGCAGGGCAAGAGCUCUAUCAACUGAACCAGCUCUUCUGUCCCAUCUCGAGCUUGCUAUGUCUCCUGUUUCCAACAGAGUGCUUCUGACUGGGGGACAUUUGUUCAUCCCAUGGAGAUGGGGAGCGGAUACCUCGUCACCCCUGACAAACAAGGCCUAGAGCUUGUCCCCAGGGGCCGAGGGUCUCUCCUGCUCUUGAUUUUUUUGCUCUCAUGGGACUUUCUGACACAAUAAUUUUCUCAGGAACACAGUGACUGGGCCCCGAAAAGACAUGUUGUCCCUUAAUAGGCCUGGCUGACUAGACAAAGGCCUAGACUGCCUGCUUUCUUCCCUGGGGCCCUUCCAGGACAGAAUGACCAGAGUGGUGAUUGAGAGUGUGGGCAAGUGACACGGGUGGCUCUUGUAGAAGGGAGCAGUGGACCAUUCUUCACAAGAAUGCCGCUUUCCCUCAGGACACACAUCCAAGGACUUGUUGAUCCAACCCUGCAGGAUUUGCUGUGUGGAAAAAAGUCACCGGUUUAAUCAAGAGGAGGAAAUCUGUUUGCAGUGCCCAAGGGCUUCAUCCAGCUGGGGGUUGGGCCUACCAGGAGUCUAGGAUACAGGAUCUCUACAGGAAGUGGAGUAGCCCAGGGAUGGGCUCCUUUAGUCAGUCCCCUAGAACAGAACAGUUUGGGGGUACGUAUAGGGUGAAGACAGGCCACUAAAGCAGUGACUUCUGUCAGGGAAAACCUCCUCCCUUAGUAGUUUCUGCUGUGUUCCUGCGGGAGAACAGCCUGCCUGCCACUUACUCCUAGCAGCCCCGUAGCCGAGUGCUGUCCCAACCAACUGUAGUUGCUGGGUGCUGGCACACAGCCUCAGACUACAGUGGAAACCUCUCUGCUUUAUUAGUUCCUCGGAGGCUUUUCUGGGACUCAGAGUGAUUAGAGGCAUAGGCUAUCUUUAGGGAUUCUAGGAUCUCUUACUAGAAACCCCUGUAGACUCCUCUGCCUGGAUGCCCCAUGCAGGUGGGGGUGUCCUGGUACAUCUUAUUCAUACAGCUUUGUCGUCUUGUCUUCAGUACCCUGGGGAAGUGGCACUGUGUGUAUGCGUUUCUAUAUCACUGGGUUUUGCUCUAUAACCCAGGUUAGCUUCAAAGUCAGUAAAUCUUUCUGCCUCAGCCUCCCAAGUACUAGGAUUAUGGGCAUGAGUUGCCACACACCCCAAAGGCUUUUACACAAACCCAGAAGUCUUUUAGAAGAAGCAGCUUUUGACUCUGUUUUCUGCAUCAGGGUUGAGAAGGAUUUCGUGGGAUGGGGCUCACAUAAUGGUCGGAACUCCUAGAGGUUACUUUCCGGUGUCUUAAAUCAGCACGUGUGUGCGCACGUAUGUGUAUGGUGUGUACAUGUUUGUAUAUACAUGGGUGUGCAUAUCUAUUCAUGUGUCACCCACUAUUUGCUUUGUCUUAAUUCCCUGUUUAUUGACGUUUGCUGGAUCUCAUAAAGGCGUUGUUUCCCAAGUGCAUCAUGUACUUGGACUACAUUCAUCCUUUGCCCUGAUCUCCUCCCUCCCCCACUCCCCUUCUGUCCCUCAGCCUCACUCACGUCUUACUUUAAUCCCCAACGACUGUGCUUAGGCGUAAUCUGUGCCGAUGACAUUGGCUUGUGCCCCAUGAGAAGGCUGGGUCGCUGACCUGGCACUCAGCUCAUGACCAUGGGAAAUGUCGUUCUCUGAUCGUGAGACAUUCCACGCGUGAAAGCAGUAGAACACUUAACACAGUAGCCAGGUAAUAUUGUAUUUUUGUUUUGUAUAUAGUUUUUUUU